AUGUCCAAGCAAGAGGAAGAACCGUUGUUGAAGCAAACCGGAUCGACAGCUACCACUGGUGAAAAUAGUAAUAGUAAUAAUAAUACUACAUCAACGUCUGCAAAGUAUAAGCCGAAGCCUAAGCCUAGGGGCAAUGGAACCAAGAACGUUAGCAGUGAAAGUGGUGCUGAUACCAAUCUUGAAGUUGGUGUUAGACAUGCCGAUGAUGUUAAUGGUGGUGGAAUCUACAAUGGUGAAGUGACGCAGGGAUCGUUACGGGCACCUAAUAAGCAAAUAAGAACGGGCGCACAGAGGACAUCUAGGACAGCACAAAAAUUGAAAUUAUUACCAGAGGAACCGUUUCAACGAGAUGAAGAGAGUCUGGAUCUAAGAGAUAGAGAUGUAUAUUCACAGGUUAACAGGAUUACGGAUAAACCGGCGAGAAGAGAUGCAGAAAAAUUGGGUAAAAGUCACAGGCAUUUACUACCGAGAGCAACUGCUUAUUGUACCGCAAGUGGUUAUUCAAUGAGAGAAUUAGUUAGAUGGCUUAAAGAAUGUAAAAAAAUACAUCACACCCAUCCAAAAUUAUUUGACGAAUGCAUAUAUACACCUUUCAUGUACAAUGAUUGGAGGGGUGACAAAAGAUUUGAACAUGAAGACGUGAUCAGACUCGAUGACGAAGGUGGUGAUAUUAACGUUAGUGAUAAACAACCGGAUCUUUUCGUAUUCGAAUACGGUGUUGUUGUUCUUUGGGGGUUUACAGAAAGAGAGGAAAAGGCCUUCUUAAAUGAUAUUGAAGGGUUCGAAAAGGAAAAAUUAGCAGAAGAAGAUGUUCAAAUAGAGGAAUUCAACUAUUAUGUGACUCAAAGCUAUCAACCAAGAAUUUAUAACGACUUUAUCACCCUCAGAGAUGCGUCAAAUUAUAUGAUAAAAUUAUCAAUUUCUCAUGCCAUUGCUCAAAGUGUUAAAAUUUCACUAUUUGAAGAAUUGGUUGAUAAUACAAUUGAAGAUACUCAGGAUAUACCGCAAGAAAUUGCAUCUAGUGGUAAAGUUUCGAUGAGUAAAGAAGACAUUAUGAAAAGUAUCGGUGAAUUAUUCAUCCUAAGGAUAAACAUUAAUUUACAUGGAUCUGUAUUAGAUUCACCUGAAAUUAUGUGGUCUGAACCACAACUAGAACCCAUCUACCAAGCCACAAGAGGUUAUUUGGAAAUUAAUCAACGUGUAGCUCUUUUAAAUCAACGGUUGGAGGUCGUAUCUGAUUUAUUACAGAUGUUGAAAGAACAAUUGGGUCAUUCACAUGAAGAAUAUUUAGAAUUUAUCGUCAUUCUCUUGGUAGGUGUGGAAGUAAUCAUAUCUGUCGUGAAUAUUGCAGCAGAUAUAUUAGCAUCUAAAUUCUGA